AUGGAGCUGCCGGUUUUGGAUAAAUUUUGUUUUAUUUUCAACUUGAGGACCGGAUGUAUCACUAUGGGCGUGCUGAAUUCCAUCCUAACGUUCGUUAUGGCGGUGAUCCUCAUCACUUUCGCAGUUGGCAUAAAGGCAACGACGGAGUCAAGGCUGAGGCGAGAUGACAGCGACGCCGCUAUGUCGUCUGUCGUCUAUACAAUAAUCGUUCUUCUGGUCGUGCUUCUGUUCUUCAAGUUUCUACUCGAUUUGGUCUUCGCCUACGCAGUUUAUAAGGAAAAAUGUGGAAUCAUGAAGAAGUACUGCAUCUUCUGGAUCGUGUUCUUGGUGCUGUUUAUCAUCGCUUUCCUGAAGACAAUAUUCCAGAUGGAUGCCGGAUACGUGAUCGCCCAAAUACUUUUCCUUGCUGAAAACUUUUACUUCAUUGUCGUCAUACGGAGCUAUCUGAUAUCUAUCAACGAAGACGGUGUCUUAUAA